UUUGCUACUUGGUCUGUGUGGUGUUAUUCUUUUCACGUGUAUUUUUGACAGAUGCGAAUUCCGUCUUACAAAUAUAAAUAAAAACCUUUGUAAUGGCGAAAUCAAUUAGAAGUAAAUGGAAGCGAAAAUGCAGAGCUAUAAAGCGGGAACGAUAUGCUGUAAAAGAACUGUCCAGGCUAAAGAAGAUGUUGGGAGUAAAAGAGGAAGAAAAAGUGACUGAAAGUGAGGUUAUGGAGUCGGAUCAAGUUAUUUUCCUUGACGCUGGACAGAUUAAUAAGAAAAAGAAGAACAAAAAGAAGACCGAGGAACCGAAACCCACACCAGAGGAAGACGAUGAUGUCCAAAUGAGUUCGGAUGACGAAAAUAUCGAGAUAGACUGUGAGAAUGGCAAGAAAAGAGUGUUUAGUUCUAAAACCCUCAAAGAUCAGAACGGGCAAUACCCAGUAUGGUUACACAAAAGAAAGAUCGCGAAGUUAGCCUGCAACAAAAAGAACAUGAAGAAUAAAAAGAAAUCAAAGAAACGAAGAAAAUAACCAAUAGAUCACGUUAGUUUUAUCUUAAGUUACUUGAACUCAAACAUGCAACUUCUGCAUUGUGCAUAUGUCAUAUUUUAUUCUGUAUUGUCUACCUGCAGCCAAGAUACAGUCCUUGAUUAAAGGUUAUGAUUAUUACA